AAGGCCACAGCGUAAUUGAAGUUGUCUGGCUCGGCCCCAAGGGCGGCGGCGGUGGUGGUGUUGGUGUUGGUGGAUAUCUCAAGGCUCCUUAAGUAUAACAGCUUGACGAAUUAGAAAAGGGCUCUGAUACUGAGGCUGGUCCUUGGACAUAUGUGAAAGCUUUCCUUCCUUUCUUUUUUACUUCUUUCUUGCACAUGAUUUCUUUCCUUUUUCUUCUACUGUUACUUCUUUAUACUCUUCUUACGUUUUCCUCUCCAACAUUCUCUUAUGAAUUCCAACCGUCGAUUAACACCACCACCGGACUUGAGAGAGGUGAAAGCAGAGAUAUUACAGACACUGGUGCAUGGGUGUGGUUCUGUCUUUUCCGAGAACUGAUUUGCUUGGCAUGCAACUUCUUGAUUGUUGAUUUAAUUCGGCGUUGCAUUGGCGGAGUCCGAAAUGGCGCAGUUGAUGAUCUGAAACAGGUGUGGUUUUAUAUUGUCAUUCACGUCGCACUUUGCUUGAAUUGAGUAUCAUGAUCGAUCCUCCACUUCUCGACUCAUUACUUUUUCUU